CAGCCAGUCAAACGUCCGGCUGUCCUCCCAUGGAUCUUCCGCCGCUCCUAGCCCAUCGAUCGAGACUAUAAAUAAAUGGCCGGAUCGGAGCGCCAUCGGCAGUAAUGCCAUAUAUAUGCAACCGUUCGUCGACGAACAAGAAGGGCGCACCCCGACCACCGAAAGGCCCGGCUGUCAAGGCCAUGACGACGUCCUCGUCUUGGCUCUCCCUUCCUAUUCAGCUCCUGCGCUACGCGCCGUCGUCAUCGUCGUCCAACCGCCUCGGGCUGGGCUCGGUGCACCGACCUUCGCCUCACUGCGCCCGCAUGCACAUGCAGCCGGCGAAAGGCCUGAAACCCGUCACGGCCACAGGGCGCGGCGACGGCGGCGGCGUCGACGCGGCGAGUCCUUUGCGUCUUCUGGCAGACGAGGUUGCGCCCGAGCUGCACGCAGCGGCGAAGCGGAUGGUAGGCGGCGGUGCUCUUCACUCACCCAAGGGACGCCCCGGCUCGCCAACGGAAGGCAGCGGCGGUGGUAAGAUCCGCACUACGCAUGCUGCCGCACCGACGACCACGUUUGCCAGAGCGCGAGGCCCGACACCGCCUGGUCUGCCCGCGGAAGGAUCCGGCGGCAAUGGCGGGACCAAACAUUAGGAUCGACAUUAAGCCAAGGAAUUGGUUGAGUGGAGAUUGUCGGACUACGCUAUUACCGGCUGCACAACUAGUUUAUUUCUCUUACCUAUCUAUAUAGGAACAGCUCAGACUCAAGUCGAAUCUGAAGGCCCUUUUGGGAACGCAACAUUUUCUUAGUCUCGAGGUAUAAUGUUGUGGUAUUUAAACAAACUACUAGUAUAAUGCACGUAGUUGCGACGGCACAUAACCAUAUGAAUAUAUGACUGAUAUUAACUUACAUUUUAGUCAAAAAGGCCAAAAAAGUAUAGGUUCAAAAGGAGCCUGGCCUUUUUUUUUUU